AUGAUCCUCGGUGUGUCGGGGGUUCGAGCCCCGGAAUCAAACCUGAGCGGGCCAAACAGCAGCUUUUGGCAGCUUAGCAGCGGCUACAACAACAACACGCUGGUGCUAACCGCGGCUCCCACAAUCCAGGACCAGGACCAGGACCAGGACCAGGUCCAGGACCAGGUCCAGGACCAGGACCAGGACCAGGACCAGGACUGUCCAGGGUCCAGCUUUUCCUCUGCUGGUCUGCAGGUUUCCAGAGGAGAGUUGGGAGGAUUCAACUCCGUGAGGCAAAGCUCCAAUCUUGUUGCAGCGGUCUCAGGACCUGAGGCCCGUAACACUGACACCAAGAAUCAUAAAGUCAAAGGAAGACCCAAAAGAUACUGCUGUGAUCAGUGCGAGGAAGUCUUCAUUACUUCAUCAAACCUGAAGAUCCAUAAGAAAACUCACACUGGAGAUAAAGCGUACAGCUGUGAUCAGUGUGGUGCGGCUUUUACCCGACGAUUUUGUCUAAAGAAUCACCAACGUAUUCACACUGGAGACAAGCCUUAUAGAUGUGAUCAGUGUGAAGCGACUUUUGCCCAGAAAAGUGCUCUAACGAGUCACCAACGUAUUCACACUGGAGAUAAGCCUUACAGAUGUGAUCAGUGUGGAGCGGCUUUUUCCCAGAAAAGUGCUCUAACGAGUCACCAACGUAUUCACACUGGAGAUAAGCCUUACAGCUGUGAUCAGUGUGGAGCGGCUUUUGCCCAGCAAAAUAAUCUUACGAGCCAUCAACGUAUUCAUACUGGAAACAAACCAUACAGAUGCGAUCAGUGUGGGGCGGCUUUUACAGAACAUGGUUAUUUAAGGAUUCAUAAACGUAUUCACACAGGAGAAAAACCAUACAGCUGUGCUCAGUGUGGGGCAGCUUUUACCCGACAAGGUCACCUAAAGAGGCACCAGCUUAUUCACUCUGGAGAUAAACCUCACAGAUGUGAUCAGUGUGGGGCGGCUUUCGCCCGAGAGGAUAGCCUAUGGAGUCACCAGAAGAUUCACACUGGAGAUAAACCUUACAGAUGUGAUCAGUGUGGGAUGGCUUUUACUGAACGAAGUAGUCUAAGGACUCACCAACAUAUUCACAAUGGAGUUAAACCGUACAGUUGUGAUCAGUGUGGGAUGACUUUUAGACACAAAGGAACUUUGAGUGCACACCAGAGUAUUCACACUGGACAAAAAUCUUACAGAUGUGAGCAGUGUGGAGCAGCUUAUGCCACAUCAAGUCAUCUAAUUCGUCACCAACGUAUUCACGCUGGAGACAAGCCUCAAGCCUGAAUUAUGGUUCCGCGUUAAAUCGACGCAGAGCCUACGCCGUAGCCUGACGUGCACCUCCCAAAAAUUGUAACUACGCGUUACGGCAACGCGGACCAAACGCAGACCGAGAGAGCUGUGAUUGAUUUGCUUUGUAGCCACGCAUUUCCGGUUCGUGAAGCAGUAGUGAACUUUCAGCUCUCUUUUCUUCGUCUGUGUAUGUGUUUUUUUUUUUUUUGUUUUGGUUUUUUGCGCAAUAGUUGUCCUUAUCUCUUUGAUUCACUGUGACCGGAAAAGCCGGAAACUAAACAAAGUAUGAACUAAACUAGCGCUCGCGGGGGGUAUUGCACCGCUGCAAAAUGGAGUGACGGAGAAGUCCGAAGGGUUCACAGCGGCAACGGGGUAUGCUCUGCGUUAAUGCAGAACCUUAAUUCAGGCUUUACAGAUGCGAUCAGUGUGGGGCGGCUUUUGCCCAACAAUUUAAUCUUACGUAUUCACACUGGAUAAAAAGUGUACAUUUGGAGGGGAAUGGUGGUGCAGCUGUCUCACACCAAGAAGGUCCUGGGUUCAAUUCCCGUCGGGGACGCUGUGGGCGUGUUAAGUUCCCCCAUGUCUUCAGCGCCCACACCCAGGGUGGGGUUGGUGCUGCGCAGCUAAUAUGAGCUACCCUCACAAAAACAUGCAACAGUAUAUACAUGCCCCUCUGGCCAGCCCGGGCGCCAGAUGGGGGGGGGAAUCUGGCCAGAGUAACGUGAUCCUUCCAUGCGCCGGAGAAGCCCCACCCUGCUCAGUCUUCAAGUACGGAGGAGACUUGAGCUCAGUGCAGGGUCAUCCCGGGGUUGGUAGAGGACUGACUUAGGUAGGAGCACGGGGUGGUAAAAAUGGGAAAAAUAUCUGGAAUAAAAAAAAAAAAGUGUGAUAUCAUUUAUUUUGAGAGCUCAGUUUAAAAGCAGUUUAGUUGCUUUAGUUGGAAAGAAAUAUUUGUAGUGUAGUAGUGGUAGUGUAGUGGCGAUAAAUACAGAUUUCUUUUUCUUUUUUUAAAAACGUUUGGUUUUUUUGUUUUUCUAGAUUUUAAACUGAAAUGUUUACUUCAGUUAUGUUUUCACAUUGGCAUUGUCAUCUCAUUGUUUAAAUAAAUCAGUUCUUAACUGUUUGUCAUUUGGAUAUUAAGCUCUGUCAAACCACUGCACAGACAAAACUACUAAAACUACUACUGCUCCAGAGAAUUUAAUUUGUUUAUGUUUUUGACAGGUCAGUCUCAGGAUGUUGAUAGUAGUACCUGGUGUAUGUGGGUUUUUUUUUUUUUUUUGGGGGGGGGAGACAUGUUUUCAUUGAACAUUUUUGAAAUGCUUGACAUACAGCUGGAAAAAUACACACAGUAGCCAAGAAUGUUACCAGUAGAAAUUAUCUAAAUAACUAAGUAGAAAUAUAACUUUUUAUCUCAAAGGAUAGCACAUCCAGCGACAAGAGUGGUCUGGGUUUGAUUUAUACAACAUUCUAACAUUUUGGUUUCAAAAAAGUGCAACAGUAAUGUGCAACAAUAAGUUGCAGUGCAAGAACAACAAAAUGUGCAACAACAAAUAACACUGAUGUAUUAAAAUAACAUUCAAUUGUACAAACAACAGAACUUGAAUAAAACAAGGUAACACAAAUGGUUAAAAAAACAAAUGUAAACUUGAAAAAGUAGGUGUUAAAACUUUGUAAAUGUAUGUAACUAUAACUAUGUGCAAAAGUUUUAGUAAACAGAUACAAUCUAAAU